AUGCCUGAGCUCAAUAUUCUCGGCACGCCCCUCCAGCCGUGCACUCGCCGCGGUCGUGACCCGGUGACCGGUUGGAGGCGUGACGGCUUCGCCUCUUACCAUACGAGCGACGGCGGCUGCCACAUCAUCGCGUCGGAACUGACACUUGAGUUUCUGCUCUUCACCAAAUCUCGAGGAAACCCCCUCUACAGGCCGCCCUUUUGGGUUCGCUUUCUCUGCGGUUUCAAGGGGUUGGAGCCCGGCGACCGCUGGGCUCUGUGUGUGUCGCGUUGGCUGGAGGCUGAGCGAGCUGGCAAGGCGCCGCCAAUCCUGGCAAAGGCGACCAGUGUCAAGGCCCUGUCCUUUGUAGACAAGCAAGUGUUGCUGAGACACGCAAUCGACCUCGAUGGCGAGCUGCCCAAUGUGGCACGCACGGGUGGUACGGAGAAAUGGAUUGCCGUGACGAGGCGCAAAUAG